AUGCCAAAUUUAGACACGAGUGAGACACCGGUUUCACCUGCUACUGAGGCUGGGUCUCAAAGCCGUUUGACUGGGGACGACGCGUUGUCUCAAGCCAUGUUGAGGGUAUUGGAGAGGGUCGCUGGACCCCAUUUUGGAUCUGAGGGUCGUGGAUCGGUAACUGAGCGACUCCAAUCCAAUGGUGCUAAGCUAUUUAGGGGUGUCACUAGAGUCGCCCCUACUAUGGCCGAGUGUUGGUUAGAGGCCACCGAGAGGAUCAUGAAUGAUAUAGACUGCACUCUUAAGCAGAAACUUAAAAGUACAGUCUCUUUGCUUCUCGACGAGGCAUAUCAGUGGUGGUUAUCGGUUGAGGAGGAUAGUGAGCCUGAUCGUCUGAACUGGGGCUUCUUCAAGACUACCUUUCAUGGGAAGUAUGUGGGAGAGAGCUAUGUAAAUGCUCGUAGGCGUGAGUUCAUGAAUCUCAUGCAAGGUGAUAGAUCUCUGGCCGAGUAUGAGGCCGAGUUUUUGAGGUUGAGCCGCUACGCUCAAGGCAUGGUGGCGUCUGAGUACGAGAAAUGUGUUCGCUUUGAGGACGGUCUGAGGGAUAAGUUGAGGGUACUGAUUGCUCCACAGAGGGAGUGA